GAAGAGUGCUGACAUAACAGAGCAGGUCUCUCCGGGGCGCGCACCAAAGCCAGAAUGGAUGCUGUUGGGCUCAGACACGUCCACAAGAGAGCUCGAUCUGACGUCAGUGAAUGGGGGCGCUCAACCAAUAAGGGUCUAGUACAUCGGGUACGGUAAGUGUGAGGGGGGCGUAAGGGGAGUAAUUUCAUUCAGAAAAAUGCGGCACCGCAUCUAGCCCCUCCCACUGCGGUUCACUCUUGUUCUCAUUUCUGGUAAAUAAUGGGCACCUUGAAGCUCCGUUAGCUGAGCCCCCACCGAGACAACACACAUUUUGUCAAUAAAAGCUGGGCCGGUCUCUGAACGGGGGGAGAAACGGAGGGGUGAGUGCUGGAAACAGAGCUGUCCGUGGUGCUGAAGAGCGCCAUGGUGACUCAUGCCCUGCAAAACAAUACUCAGGCAUAUACUCAAUUCUUCUCCAAAUUAAGUACGGAACUUUUUUGAUACAUAGGCAAUCUUGUAAGCAAAAGGCAAUAUUGGUGCACAAGCGAUGUGGUUAAUUUAAAUGCACUGCAACCUAAAAGUCCACCUGUUGCUCUGAAUGGCUCAAAUGUCUUUUAUUUUUAAGCAAUAUCUUCCAAAUUCAAUGUGUCUGUUUCAUUUCCAAGACACUCCUUUAGAGAUAAAAGCGAUGGUAAUCAAAUAUAAACAGGGAUUUCGCGGCAUCCCCGGUUUCUUGGUCUGCGUGCGUGGGUGCUGCAGGAUGGGCUUUACGUGGUCGCGCAUAACAAUGUGGGGGAAUCUCGCCCUCUUCCAGCCAUAUUAGGAAACGCUUCCUGCUGCUAAACCCCGCCUACGUCACGAAGAGGAUUGGAAAGCAACUGUCUGCUUCUUUUUGUGAGAAUAGCCUCAGAGCUGUCGGGGCUGAACUCGUGAAUGCCAAGACUCGUCCCUAUCGCAUUCAGCACUGCUCAUUACUCAUCCACUGUAAUACGCUCAAAGACAACGUUUCUUCAAAAUUGUAGGCAAAAUGAUGUAAUCUUUAAGUGUUAAGCUGUAUUCUAACCUUCUCCACAUGACAUCUGGCCAUUAACUUAUUCAUCCAAGAUAACCAGUCAGGCUACAUUAUCUCUCAGUCAGUCAUGUUUAUUGAUUUUAUGGCAAUGUGAAGGAAGAAGUCGUGCUCCAUGUCUAGUAUGAGAUCCCAUGAAGGUUUCUCUAUGAUUUCAUGCCAAAACACAAAAUCUUUUAGCAAUGCCCAGACUGCAUGAGCAAGAUAUGUGGGAGUAUAGAGGUGUUCUUUAAGCUAUUGUGUGUUACGGGUGAUACCGAGAAUCCCAAAACGCAUCAUGACACACACAUAGUCAGGUUCACUUGGGAAGAAUCUCACUUGUAUAAUAACAGCUGAGUGUGCCUUGUAAUUGUUUUGUUUCCCGCCAGCACACUGCCAAUCUACUCAAAUCAGAGACUAGUGGGUAAAAUAUAGAAAUGAAUAAAAUAAUUUAAAUGAAUAAAAGAAAAAAACAAUUAAAGCCUGCAGUCAUAUAACUGCUUAAAUAUUUGUCAUCUUAUGUAAGUUUAUCCCAAGGCCUCACAUCACUUGAUAAUGACACAUCUGAAGUGACUUACAGUGUACUUCUGACGCCUCUAAGUGAUGGCCUUCAGCACCUCCAUCUCCUUCACACCUUCAUAUUUUUAGAGCUCACUACGUCUGACUGGACAUAAUUGACACUACUGUGAAGUCCGAAAAGCAUUUGUCUAUAUAAGAUUUACGGACAAAAGACAAGUACAUAAUAAUUACUUUUCAUGAGUAAAAUAACAAAUUAAUGAGUGUGAAAAAUUUUAUUGGUCUCAAUAUGAGGAAUGCCUUCAAUUCUUCGCUGUAUAAAAGUGUAAUUGCAUGUAUUUAAUCACAACAGCAUAAUUUAAAAGUGUAAGUGAAGUUCAGCCCUUUGGAUCACGUCUCUUGAGAUAUAUUUAAUACGUUCGGUGGAGUUUAUUUAUUUAUUUAUUUGAUAGAAACAGUUCAUAUUAAUGAACAUCUGUAAUUACAGUGUAAAUAUGCCAGAUUAUAGCAUGAUAUUAAUUUGACACAGGUAACACAGAAAAUAAUUACAAAAUACAAAACUAUAUAUAAAAUUAUACAGUUAUAAAGAGGCAUGGCACAGUUUAAGAUUGAAAGUGAACAAAACAAACAAAUAAACAAACAAACAACAACAACAACAACAAAAAAAAAAAAAAAAAAAAAACAGUGAUGGGCUCUUAUUGUUAAUAUCCAAAGCUUUUGAACAAUAGUCUUCAAUCCAAUUCAUUUAGGUCAAAACCUUAGAUACCAGGAAUUGCUGCAGCAUUUACAAGCACAUGUUUCAGAGCUAGCCAGUCAGAUGUCAGUUCAUUUGAAGUGGUGUCUAGUUCGGUAGGGUUGAGGUGGGCCACUUGUUGCCAGGGAACUCAGUUGGGUAUCUCUCAUGUUACACUGAUGCCUUUGUCCCUUCAGUCUCUCUGUGACUGUCCCAGAGAGAAACCGUAACUUUAUUAGCCAUUUUAGCCCACGAAGAGGACUGCUACUUUUUCCUGGUUGUGUUUACAGGUGUUUUGUAGUAGUUACAAUGCAGCGAGUAGCUUUCAAGAUCAUCUGUUCCUGUUUAUUACUUUUUGUAGCAGUGAACUCUGUAUAUUCACAAGCAGACUGUUCUCAGGCCGAGUCAUGUGACUUGUGCGUCGGAGCGUCUCUAUUAAACUUGACGGGCUGCGUUUGGAGGCUGUGCCCAGAUGAUAAUGACACUGGUGUGUGUAUGAAGGAUAGAGGAGACGUUGCAGAUGACGGGAGGAACUGUAGUUGGACCAGAGUAUCAGAACUGUGCUUAGUUGUGGAGACACUGGCUGAAGAUGGAAAUGACGCAGAUCGUGACAGCAACCCCAAACCUGCUCCAGAGUUCUCUCAGGCCAAGUUUGACAUGUCCAGCUUCAUAGGGGGGAUCAUCCUGGUGCUAUGUGUUCAGGCUGGAGGCUUCUUUGCAAUGCGUUUCCUGAAAUCAAAAGAGCAGAGUAACUAUGAAACCAUUGAGCAGCCACAAUGAGGAACAGACAGAGGGCAAAUACAACAGGACAAAUGGAGAUCAGGCGAGCUGUGACUCAUCAAGUUGUGACGACAUUACUUCCCUUUUUCCUGGUGUCAUUUUUGGUUUGGUCCCAUGUGAACUCCUGGAGGGUGGCUGCUUUAAGGACAAGGAUAAAAUGUGUGAAAACAUUGUGUAACAAGUGUCUGCCUCUGCAUGAGUGUGCUAUGUUUGGAUCUUAUUCAGAUUUUACUGACUGUUGCUUAAAAUUGUGUUUACAAAAUGUUCAUUCAUAUUAUUUUCCAGAUUAAAAAUAGGUGAUGGGCAGAAUAACAUUGGCAUUGGUAGUAUAUUUUUUAUAAAAUGUUGAACAAUGGGCACAACAAUUUUCAAAUGAAUGAUCUAUAACAAUAAUCUUCUACACUGAGUAUGGAUUUGCAACUAUUUGCUGCAUACCGUAAGAGUUUAAUUAUGUGUAAUAUAUUUCAUAGCAUUGGUGCACCAUCUUGCAUUUGUAUAUAUAUAUAUUAAUUCUGUUGUGUGUAUGUCAAUACAAAUUUGCUCGUGUCUGUAAGCUCUGUUUGAAUCAAAAUUUUCAAAAGUCUGCUGUGUAGAGUAAAUAAUGGGCAUGCAGUAUUUUGUUUUUCUAUAGACUUUGUUGUUGUUGUUGUUGUUUUUAACCCUUGGGUUUAUUUGUUGAGUGAACAACUGAUUUUACCUAACUAGAUGACUUUGAAUAUUGCUGUUGAUAUAUACAGGCACUGCAGUGUUUCUCAAACUGUGGAACAGGGCCCAUUUUUUUCUUUAUCCCACCACAACAUUUGAUCUAGGUUUAUUGAUUUGGUUAAGUAAAGUAUUACUCCAAAUGUAUUUUUGUGGUGAUAAAACUUUAUACAGUUGUACCUACUUAGUGUGCAAAUGUGAGAAGUAUUGUCCUAUAUUUAUAGCUGAGAUGCACAAGGGAACAUAGAGGAAACAUUUGGGUGCCUGAUUGGAUGCACUGGGGCUUCUGUGUUAGCCAGGACCCUCAAUAGGCCUUGACACAAAUAAAGCUCCCAAUUCAACAGGCUGGUGGCUGUUAUCCAAGUGUGUUGACAAAGAGC